CCUGGAAGUAGCCAAACCUCUGGCAUCUGCUGGCAAGAAGGUGAGGGGAACAAGCUGGAAGAAACACAGGAUCCUACUGGAAGUCCUUCCUCAGACACUGAGUGGGUGAAAACUGGUGUCAAGAAAGGAAAAACAAAAUGGCUGUGAUAACAGAGUUGAGUUCCACAGGAGACAACAGAGAGUUCUCCCAAGAUUUGCAAAUAGAUGAGAAGCACAUUCCCAGGAAAGUCCCAAGCUUUUGUUCUGUUCGCUACGGAAUAGCCCUCGUUGCACACCUCUUCAACUUCAUGCUGACUGCACAAAAUGCCAUCCUGACCAUCACCAUGGUCGCCAUGGUCAACAGCACAGAACAGGGCCAGGUCAACAGCUCUGCCGAGGCUCUCCCGGUAGGCUUACCAGACGGCCUAGAGAAAGCCCCACCAAGUCUUCCUGCAAAGGCUCCUGUGUAUGACUGGAGUCCUCAGACCCAAGGCGUACUCUUCAGUUCCAUCAACUAUGGCAUCCUGCUAACCAUGGCCCUGGGGGGAUACCUGGCAGGGAGAAUGGGAGCGAGGAAAGUAGCUGGUGUUGCUUUGCUAGGAUCAUCACUUCUCACUCUCUGCAUCCCUCCGGCUGCUGAUCUUGGACUACCUUUCCUCAUUGCCACUCGAAUAGUCCAGGGUCUAACCCAGGGCUCAGGAUUUGGGGGUCACUUAGCACUUUGGCAAAAUUGGGCUCCUCCACAUGAACGAAGCAGACUCUGCAGCAUUUCUUUGUCAGGAAUGAUACUGGGAAUUUUCGCUGCCAUCCUCUUUGGAGGCAUCAUCUGUCAAGCCCUUGGGUGGCCUUUUGCCUUCUAUAUCUUUGGAGGCCUUGGCUGUGUCUCCAGCUUUCUCUGGUUCAUUUCGGUGUACAAUGACCCUGUCUCUCACCCAUGGAUAGGCAUCUCAGAGAAGGAGUACAUCUUAUCCACCUUGGAGCAACAGGUCAGCUCAGAAAAGCAGCGUCUUCCCAUCAAAGAUAUGUUCAGAUCUCUGCCCCUUUGGUCCAUUUGCCUGUGCAGUUUCAGCCAUCAGUGGUUAAUUAACACACAGGUCAUGUACAUCCCUACUUACAUCAGUCACGUGUACAAAGUCAACAUCAAAGAUAAUGGCGUCCUGUCGUCCCUUCCUUUCAUUGUUGCCUGGAUCCUUGGUCUCCUGGGAGGCCAGCUGGCAGAUUUCCUCCUGACCAAGAAUGUUAGGUUUGUCACAGUGAGGAAAAUUAGCUCAUUUUUAGGACAACUUCCCUCUUCAGUACUCAUUGUGACCCUGCCCUUCCUCAAUUCCAGCUAUGUCACAACAAUCACAUUUCUAACGCUCUCAUGUGGACUAAGCCCCUUAAGUCAGUCAGGGGUCUAUAUCAAUGCCUUAGAUAUUGCUCCAAGGUACUCCAAUUUUCUUCUGGGAGCCACAAGGGGAUUUGCCCACAUAUCAGCUGUGCUGGUACCCAUUGUCAGUGGCUUUCUUCUCAAUCAGGACCCUGAGCUUGGAUGGAGGAAUAUCUUCUUCUUGUUGUUUGCUAUUAGUAUGUUAGGAUUGGUCUUCUACCUCAUAUUUGGUGAAGCAGAUGUCCAAGACUGGGCUAAAGAGAGAAAAGUCACUCGUUUAUGAAGUUGCUUCACUUUGGAUGGAAAUAUCAUGCUCCAUGCUUCAUAAAUAGAAAGACUUCAGUGAUGAAAAUACAACAGAGAGAACUCUACUUGCUGUGGCUCUUAUAAAAAAUGAGAUUCAUUUUUCUUCUAUUCAGGCUUCUUGUGAGGAAAAUAUAAGAUGACUAAAAAUUCAAAUGAAAUGAUAAUGAAGAUCAAGGUUAUCCUCUCUGGAUUAAGAAGAGAUGUUGGAUGGAAACCACUGUGUUACCUUCUGUUUCUGGAUACAAGAAACAAUGUUUUAAACCCUUAGUAGUGUGUGGCAGCAAAUUUUUUUCUAAUUGAUUAAUGUCACACAAUAAAUGUUUAUUAGAUUAAU